GAAGACUGAAUUGUUGCAACGGUUAUUGCAAGCUAACACAUGAUUAAUCUCUCGGCGAGUCAACCUAUUCCGGACUCUGUUUAUCACGCUCAUUAUGUACACAUUUUCAGGAUUUGCCCACAUACCUACAGAGGUCUUAAUAAGAAUAUACGGGGAGCUGCCUCUUCCAGAUGCGCUUCAUUUGGCCGCGACUUGCCAUCGACUCCGCCAGGUCUUGAUUGACAACACGCCUACGAUCUACAAACGCCUACGCAGAAAAGUCCCCUGCGAACGAUAUGCAAGAGUGCUACUGGCGGACCAAGGUGGUUCACCACCUCAUUAUUCGUCAGUGAAUAUUGGGGAUCUGUUACGAUUGCGACGGAACUCUCGUAUCGUGGAGAAAGCGAUCGAGGUGUUUGAUCUUGAUAUUACCCCGAAUAUUCGAAUCCCUCUUACGAGCAUCGAUGACAAGUUCUAUGGAGGAAAACCACGUCCAUUGCACUUGACUCCUACAGAACGUCAUCGCUUCUCUCGGAGCUACUACCAAGUGUGGAGUCUUCUACUUCUAGAUCAACCAUCUCGCCAACAGCGAUAUCGGACUAUGUUGCUGAAGCACCUGUACAUGAUAUGCGAAAUGGUUGACCUUGACCAGCCAAUCGGGGACGAACCGGGAUCUUCCCCAGCUGACGGGAAACGAUGCGCACUCUCUGAGGAAGUAAGCGAGUAUCUCCGUUGUGUUUACCACGAAAUCCAUGCAGUCGACUACAUCGAUUUCUCGGGGCAAAGCGUUUCCAUGUGUACUCAAGGCCAUGCGGCUAUAUGGGAUCAUUGCCAGCCUGAUUUGAAGAAGAUUGUUUGCUAUCAGUGGCGAGAUUCGGAGAAGAAGUUAGUCAAGGAGGAAGAGGUGUGAGAGAAUACAACUGAUGAGGAAUGAAUUUGUA